GAUCACGGGUCACUUGUCCACCGGCACCCGGCUGGCGACACACAGUAUAUACACAUAUAGACAGGAAAUAUCUGUCAACAUGAGGGGUACCGUACUCCCCCUUACUCUGGGGAUUUUAAUUCUGGGGACUAUCCCGGGAGUGACAUCCGAUUCACACGGGGGUACACACGUAGUGGAACCCAUGAAAGAAAUGCCGGACCCUUUCGAUGCCCUGGAAGAAAUAAUUGGUGCUCGGAAGGCUGCCGAGAAAGGCUGCAAUAUAAUGAAGGCCAAACAUUGCUUCCUUGAGAUGGCAGGUGCGACCGUCAAAAUCCUGGGAGGAGGCAUGUCCCGAGAGGAACAGAAAAUGACCUGCUGGCAGGUACAUGAAUAUCGGGACUGCGUUGAAGACAGUAUGUCCGGCUGCCCAAUGUCGGACGGGAACUGGCGCGGUAUGCAGGCCCUAGAGCCAUACGUACCCCUCCUUUCCAGUGUAGCCAACACCGUCUGUAUGGAAGAUGGAGAGCGGAAAGAAAUGGACGACUGUCCCAUGGAAACUGCAGGCCAUUGUCUCAUGGGGUUCUUUUACGUAGCAGCAGAAGCCUACUCACCUGCGACAUGCUGGCAGUCCCUCCACUCCAGUGGUUGUUUGGAGUCCGUACUUAAGGAAUGCAAGAAUCCUUACGUCCAGCGUAUGAAGUCGAUCAUCACCAAUCAAAUCCGCUUGACUUCCUCCCUUACAUGUGUGAUGUCAGGUUGUCAUCCAGAUGCCGCCUUUGAAUGUCUCAUGUCAGCCAAAUAUGCUGCUGAGUCCCCCCUAGCUACCAUGUACAGGUCUCCAAUCCUGUGUGGACGUUUGACGAACGCCAUUACCUGUAUAAUAAACAACACUAUUGGGUGUCCUGCGGAUCAGUACAACGAGCUUGCCAUGGGAAUUCUUCACCUCGACAAAGCUUCCAAAGUCGUCUGCCCGGCGGAUUCCUUCUCUGCCGUUCCUGAAAAUGUUAUCACUCAGAACCUGGCAGCAUUCAUGGCCAUCUCAGAAACCCCUUUCACCACACCCGAAACUGUGUGUCCUUACUUUAAAUAUGCCGAAGAUUCACUGAUGAAGGUUUCGUUAGAGGAUUUCUCCUUGGAUAAUGUUAUGAAAACAAAAAUGGUAACUAACAACAUCGUUGGAGACUAUUGUAAAAUGGAUAAGGAGAUGGAUGAUUGUGAAAUGUGGCAAACGGCCAAACCAAUGUGUGAUGUCGCCCAGGCUGAGAUGUGUACCAACAUGGCAGAACUACCCUUCCUUUUAGCCGAGGUUGAGAUUCUCGGCAAAGAAACUGUGUGCCAGGAAGUCCGUAAGCUGGCUAAGUGUGUAAACAGCAAGAUAUCCGGCUGCAGGAUGGACCAACUUCCGGGAGUUAACUUCGCCUUCUGGUAUAUCCUUGGAGAGGUUGCAGAUUAUUGUCCGAUACAGGAGCUGCUUUCGUCAUCAUCCUGUAAACAAGAAAAAUGUCAGACAAUGGAAGCUUUCUACAAGUGCUUCCCAAUGGUCACACAGGACGAUUUUAGUAGCGGCAGAUCCUGCAUGAUGAUGAAGGAAACCCUUGAGUGUGUGAAGAUGUACACCAGUGGCUGUGUCAUGUCCCUCGGCAUGGUCCCCAUCGCCUACACUGUACGCCAUUACCUUUCCCAGUUCACACCUUAUUGCAUGGUACCACACUUCGAUGAUAUGCACGACUCCGUCACCGACCCGAGGCACAUUGAGGGCGGCAUGAUGAUGCUUCAGGCCCUUCAGUAUGCUCUAACGAAUGGCAGUGAUAUUGUACGCGACAUGUGUCACGUCCUUUACACCGCCGGUGAAACAAAAGAGGAAAUUAAGCCCCACCCCAUGAUAGCUUUCGCGAUUAAGAAGAUGAUGGGAUAUGGAACAGAACUGUUUGAGUACUUGUGUACAAGGUAUCCAGAGGAUUCAUUAAAGACAAUGUCUACUGAAAAUAUGACUGCAGCCCAGACGGCCAAUCAACCAGGCUGUGAGGCGGAGAAGGCUGCCUACUGUUUCGCAAUGCACACCACUUCUAUGAUGGUAUACCAGUUCAUGUCUCUAGACGACAGACAUACCUUGUGCAGGGAUGGUUACAAUAUGGUCAUGGAGUGCAUCAAAAACCACACAAGUGGGUGCUCGGCCGAGAGGAAGGCCGUGUUCGAAUCUUCCAAGGAAAUCACCGGUAUCCUGCAAGUCUCCUACUGUCCGUCGGACAAAAUGUCCGAGUACUCCAAAUUGAAGAUGGAUGGCUGUGCACCCGAAACGGCACAGUAUUGUUUGGACUGGUACUUAGAGGAGCUUCCCACCAAGUCAGCCUUCCAUAUCGAGGAUUCAUGCGAGAAGGCCGGUAAGGCUGUUCAAUGUAUGUGGUAUCAUACCGUCAACUGCACGUCUUCAACUGACCUGACGUCCGUGAUGGCUGCUGCGAAGUCCAUAGUCUCCAUGGUCGGACACAAAUGCUUUCCGAUGGCUUCGCCCGAUUUGUGCGAGUCCUUGACAUAUUUGUCCGACCACCUUGUAGCAGAGCAGUCGUCAUGUGCAUAUGAAGAAGCUAUGGACUGUGUCAACUUGUUCACUGCAGCAAAGCCAGCACUUGAGAAAGUUCCGGAGAUGGUGUGCCAUGCUGGUCAUAAGGCAGUGGUGUGUGCUAUGGUGAAAGGAUCAGGAUGUACUGAAGCCCAGAAGGACGCACUAAAUACUUCUAUUCAGACGGUUGCUGCAACAGUUAUGCCUUUGUGUGCCAACAUGUCAAUGGAAACUCGUAACCCAUGUAAUGUUACCUAUGCCGAAAACCAGCUGGUGUGCAACACAAACUACCUCACGUGCUUCGCAGGAUUCACGGAACCAGCUUCAAUGUGCACGAAUGCACCUGCUAUCAAAGCCUGUAUCAGUCUCCACCUGCGAGGCUGCGAUGUCAAUCUUGUGUACGAGAACCAACUCAGUGUUAUGGUUACAAAGCAAAUGCUUGAGGACGCAACUGGCCUGUCCUGUGACAUUGUACCGACUCUGCCCCCCGGUGUUGCGAGCCCCACCUACACCAGGAAUGCGACGUGUAUGGGAGGGAUGGACAUCAUGACGCAAUACCUCUACAACCCUAAUGCCACAGAGAUGCACCUCUGCAAGGCCUGGCACGCUGUUCAUGACUGCGUGUUGGAAAGUGUUGACCAGAUGCCCAUUAUGCUGAAAUCUUACAUGACAGAGCUCGCCAGGUCAAUUUCGGAACAAAUGAGACUACGAUGUUUUGUCGAAGAUAAUUUUGAGCUGAUCUAUGGAAAGGAAGAAAAUGUUGAGGACUGGGAUGCCUUCCUGAAUGUGUCCGGUUGUAAUUUGACUGAAGCGUCUGUGUGCCUCGGAAGUUACUUUGAGACAGCUCUCUAUUCUGGCUUGACGGCACUACAGGAUAAAGAAUUUUUUUGUGGGUCCUUCCUCACUGACCAGCUGCAGUGUAUCCAUAACCACACGGAUUCCUGUCCAGCCCCCGCCAAAGCUAGGUUUAUGCGUGUCAUUGACUGGUCGUCCAGCAUCUCCACCAAUCUCGGCAUCUGUUCCAUUGAAUCACCACGGCAAUGUGAUCCACGGGAAGCUGUUAAAUGUAUCAUAGAUCUGUCCAGUGCACUUCUCGCCUAUGGGGAAGGUGACGAGACUAAUGCACUUUGUGCAGCACUGAUACCUACAGAAAUGUGUGUCACCUAUCAAACCAGUGGGUGUUCCGAUGAAGCUCGUCUGAGUGUUGAAUAUACAUACGCUUCCAUAGCUGCCAUGAUCAUGAAAAAAUGUGAGGAACCCAAACUUUACAUGGAAAUGGCGAACUCUUGCGAUGCUAAAGAGGAAUGCAAUUUUGAAAGGAGUAAACAUUGUCUGAUGGAAGUCGCGGAGAAGGCCUGGAGUGUUGUAGAGGGCUAUGGAGACCGAAUGAGUGUCUGCAGAGAGGUUGUUGGAUUGGGAGAGUGUGCCCAGAAGAACAUGAUGGGAUGUAAAGACAUGCAGAAGGACAUCCUCAGUUUCUACGGUGAAAUGAUGAAGACACUCGUCUCCAAUAUCUGUGAUGCUGGUAGUAAAGAUAUGGUACCGGAGCGCACAGACUCCCCCAAGAUGUGUGUGACAUUAGCGGGGCAUUGUAUGAAGGACUUCAUGACCGUGACUCUGGGAGGAACUCUCACCGGGUCCUGUGGUCAAGCCCCUGGGACAAUAACAUGUCUGAUGACUGCUAUCAAAAGUGACUGUCAUCCACCCCAACGUGAGAUGAUAAAAAUGGCUAUGGAGCAAAUCUCAAUGUUAUCCGAGCGAGUGUGUUCAUAUGGCAGCUGUAACUUAGAACUGGCUAAAAUGUGCGUCAUGGAGGCAGACAGCCUCAUUAAAAAGGCAGCCGACCGCUUCAUGGAGUCGUCAAUUAUGUGUGGUGCCCUUGAAAUGAGCAUGUCCUGUGCUCACAAACACUUCAUGUCCUGUGACAGAACAACAAAUCCAUUUAUGGCUAUUCAUCUGAAGGAGCUGAACUCCGUUAAAAUGAAGUUAUGUGAUGAGCACAAAAAAGAGUAUGAUAUACAGUCGUUGAGAAUUCCUGAUACAGCUGGACUCAUGGCCCUGGCUGCCAUAGUUACUAAUCCACUUGCUACCAAGGAGCAGAUCUGCCCACAAGCCCUAGCCAUCGAACAAGGGAUAGCCCAGUUGGCUUUUGAACUCUCAGCUUCGGAGUAUGAUGAAGUCGCGAAGGCAUUUUAUCUACCUAGCAAGAUCAUCGGUGAUAUGUGUUAUAGAGAGGAGGACAAACAAGACACAGGUGUUGGUAUGCAGUGUGAUGAGCUAGCUGCCGUGUCUUGUCUCGCAGAGGCAAACCUUGUGACCCACAUCAAGGAGGCUGUUUUCUACGGCUGGCAGGGUGCAUGCAUGUCGGUACAACAGCUGAUGUGCUGUGUCACACAAAAGACGUCAAACUGUCCAUCAGUAAAACUCGCCCACCAGAUCAUUAUGGAUGGCGUCAACCUCGUCUCUGAUCACUGCCCUGUCGAGGAAAUAUACAAACAUUUCCUUGCUGAGUGUAAGAUGCCUACAGUGCAACCAUGUAAAGUCGCAGAUGCCUUUACAGCUUGCUUCCCUCCAAUGGAGGAUGCCAACAGAGCCAACGUCUGCUCGAAUCUCUCUAUGAUUGCGGCAUGUGUACAUAAGCAUGCCGCCGGAUGCUCCAUUAUACAAACAUCAGCUCUACAGUUCUACGUGGAACAGUUCAGCUUAUGGGUACAGCCUUGUACCUAUUUGGUUGGUUUGGACUGGGGUAUCUACUCCAAAGGGGAUGAGUACGGCAGACUGGUUGCAUGCAAUAGCGUCUACAUGAGCGAUCUUCAACAUACUCUGAAUUCAACUCAGGACCUGAAAGAAAGCUUUUGUCGCAUUUCCCAAAAAGCCUCCACAUGUUACCUAUUGAACCAGCACCAUAUUCCAGCCUAUCUAGGAUAUGUACUGGAAUCAAAGCAGAGAUCUUAUGGAAAAUUGGAGGAAUAUUGUGAUAUGGGAAAAGCAGAAAAAGACGGUGAGUGCCCGAAGAGUGGGGAUGCUGGUAUCUGUGUCAUGAACUGUAGUUCUGAUUUUGAAUGUGAGGGUCAGAAGAAAUGCUGUUUCAAUAACUGUGGAUAUACAUGUGUUAUGCCAACAGGUGUAACAACCACCACAGCAGUAGCACCGGUAGCAGAACUUGCUGGCUGUCAGGUGGGCAAAGCCGCAACAUGUGCGACGGCCUAUAUUAUGGGUCUCGAUAACUUGAACCUGUUACCAUUGGACCAGAGGGGUUCAGUUUGUAGACAAUACUGGAACAUGAAACACUGUGUGAUGACCAAUUUGGAGAAUUGCUCUGAAAAACGAAAGGCUAUCUUCAUGGAGGUGGACGAGCUUGUGAAACACAUGUACGAUGUGUCUUGUGAGGAAUCAAUGCAAACUACACUACUGCGGGUGGACGGACUGUGUGUACCAGAUGUGGCUGAAUACUGUAUAAACGCCCUGGGCGAGAUGAUCUACUACGCACCCACAGGCAGUGAAAAACAAGUUUGCAGGACAUCCUACCACAUAAUGCAAUGUGUGCAACGCUCCUUGGAGAGCUGUCCCGAAAAUGUCACUAUGAACGUCAUCAAUUCGAUGGAACCUGUGAUAACCAUGCUUGGGGACUCCUGUCCACUGGCUUCUGCCAUCAAAUGCAACACAACAGCCUGGCGUGACACUGUAACACAUGCUGCUUGCAAUGAGGACGCCGUGUGGGGAGCAUUCCAAUACUUUCAGCAAAUAGCUACCGCCGAGGCCAAAAACAGUACAGCUGUGUGCAAGGCGUUUGAGGAUAUAUCUAUAUACGCGACUAGGCAAACUCUGCUCUGUGACCACUCCUCUCUGACCAUGAUAAACCAGACCUGGUGGUUGAUAAUGUCCACCUACGGUAAAUACUGCAAAGCCAACGGUCAUAUGUCUCCAGCGUUUAUGGGUGCAAUGGAAUCGGAACAGAUGUGUAUGCACCAGCCUACAUGCUCCAACGACUGGAGCGUUUGUUUCCCCGAUAUGAUGGAGGCCCGUUCUGAUGACAUAUGCAUGAACAAAGAAAAAAUACUGAUGUGCAUGGACAAAGUGCUUGCUGGCUGCGACACAAGUUACAGAGAGAAUUCGUUCCAUGGCCUCUUGAUCGUUAUCGGAAACAUGAACCUAAGCUGCAAUUUGUUGGAUGCUAUAAAUAGUAACAUGACCUCAUUAGCCGGUCUGAAAGAUACUACCGUAGACCCCUGUCUUCUGAAUCUAAUGACGGGAGGUGGAAAAUGGCUGCAUUCCCAUCUGAACUUUGAUAGCCGUGGAAUUUGCGAACUGUUCGAGAAUUUCACUGAAUGUAGUAGCAACUAUCUUCAAUACCCAAUGCCUCCAGUUUACAAAGGAAUGUUUAAACAAUUCGUCCAGCAAAUAAAAACUUACACGAAACUAAGGUGUGAAAUCAAUGAGGCUCAUCGUGAGGUUUGGUGGGACGAGGUAAAACAUAUGCCAGGAGUGGAUUAUUUAAUCGACCAAAUUGAGCAGGGGAUGAAGAAGAGUAAUGACACUGUUUAUGACUCGAUGAAUGUCAUGGAACACCUGUUCCAGAUGUUCAUGUCCCUCUUUAAAGAUAUGCCCCAUAAUGCCCAAGAGCCAGAAAGCUGUGAACUCAACAUGGCUGAUAACUGUAUGGCAGACACUGUGCUUGGUGCCCUCUACAUCGGAUAUAACCCACUGGGAAGUAGGGAAGCUGCUUGCAAGAGUACCCAUGCAUCCUAUGAAUGCGUACUAGAAGCCACAAAGAGUUGCAAUUCUAUGACGCGCGUCCGCUACUUCCGUAUGUUGGAAUGGAUUGCACGUCUCGGAUUGUCGAGCGGCGUUUGCCCCAUGGAAGAGGGAGAACAGAGUAAGGUACCCGAGUGUGACUACGACGGUGCCAUGGACUGUGUAGGAGAGCUGAGUAAAACCAUUGUAUACCUUCAGGCUGGAGAUUCCAAGGCUGCCCUGAUUUCACCACUGGGACCCACUGAGAUGUGCAUUGCUGAAAAGACCUGGAUGUGUGAACCUCGCUAUAGGAAGAUGGUUGAAAGCACAUACAACGACUUGAAGACCAUUGCUAUUAGUGUAAGCAUGCCAGCCCCCAGAGCAGAGUCUAUGAGGAAUGAAAGGAUGAAGGCUCUCGACAUGGCUGCUGACAUGUGCCCAGAUGAUGAUGAUAUGGAUGAUGAGGAUAGGAAAUCACCAUGUGACGUGUCAUCAGCUAUGCUCUGCAUUAGCUACCUACAAAAGAAACUCCCUGAGAUGGGAUCUAAUAAUGAGGAAGCUUGUCAGGCCAUGGUCACGAUGCAAAUGUGUGUAAAGCGCAACAUGAUGGGCUGUAUGUCAAGUGAGACCAGUGGUGUUCGAGCCAUGAUGAAGGAGAUAUCGGAGAAGGUGCAUUGCCCAGCUCUCCAAUGUGACAUGUGCAGUGCUAGGACCUGUGUGCGCCAACUACACAGGGCAGUUAUGCACAGAAAGGCUUCAUGCAUUGACGUAUGGAAGACCAAAGCAUGUGUAAGGGAACACAUGUCGCACUGUAGCGGGGAAAUGAUGUCCAAUGUUUCCAUGGAGAUGGAGAGGGUGAUGAGAGAUGUGAGUUCCGCCGUUUGUGAACAUCCGACUGUGAACCCCACCGACUGUACGAUGGGGUUGGCCAAAGUUGCUCAUAAGAUCCUCGGCCUCGGGGUUGACCUGGAAGAUUUGAUGAUGAUGGGUAUGGAUGAUGAUAAAAUAGAUGAGGAUGAGGAUAAGGAUUCUGAUGACAAAGAUGACAAGGAUGAUAUGGAUGAUAAGGAUGAUGUCAGAACUACAGCAACUCCUAAAACAACUGCUACCAAAAAUUCGACGGUAACCAAUAAAAAUGCCACCAUGCCCGACAUGGCCAAUAAGUCCAGCAUGUUAACUGGUAAACAGAUCAUGUUUUUGGAGAGGUUAUUUAGCCUUGUAGCUGGUAGUAAGAGCGGAGAGGACUGUGAGAAGAACGACAUGCAUGAUGAUGACAGUAUGGAGUCCAUGUGUCAAUCAGCUUCGAUGGCGUGGCAUUGUGUUGAGUCCCACCUGGACAUGGUGCCCGAGGGAAUGCGAUCAGUGGCCAGGGCUUCACUAAACCUCAUAGGAGAGGCUAUCACAGCAAAAUGUAUAGAGGAGACCCAGAAGGAGCCAUUGAUGUGUUUCAGCUGUAAAAAUGCUCACUCUAACGAGGAGUGUAAUGCCCAGCAACCCCAGACUUGCCACGGAGACCGACAGUCCUGUUACACUAUUGUGGAUAAUGGACGCAUCACUAAGGGAUGUGCGUACCGUGUGCCCCUCCGAAAGACCUCGGAGUGUGUCAAUUACGGCAAGAAGUGUGCCUACUUCUGUGACAAGUCCCAGUGUAACUGGCAGCAACACAGGGGAGUCAUAGAUCCACCCACCUGUGACAGACGUGCCGCGACAUUGUGCGGCAUGACACUAGUCAGUAACAUGCUUCAUUCUGAACAUCUGAAUUGCGGCGUUGCUAUGAAAGCCCUUGGCUGUGUCCAACACUUCACCAAAGACUGCAUGUCUCACAAAGAAGCUAUGAUGAGCAAACACGCCGAGGCCGCUCUACAUAGUCCUGCAAUGAUGCAGUGUUACGCCAAGGACAUACCCUGUACCUGUGGUUACUGUAGCGUCCUGUCACUGGCUCGUGUCCAGCAUAACACAUACCUGACCAGGGUCGAGAAGUGCAUGUGGGCCAAAACCGCACAAAGUGACGUGGUGACCUCCUUACUUACGGAGGAUUGCAGCUUUGAUGACGCCUACCAGCUUACAGCAGAUGUAAAGUUGGUGAAAAGUGUGAUGAGUGACACCUGUAUGGAGACUCCAAGGGCACUGUGCAAUUUAGAGGGUGCCGAACAAUGUGUACAACUCUCAAUGCUGGAGGAAAUGGAAGAAAGGAGAGUACAGUACACAGACAAGAAGCGUUUCUGCGGAACUGCCUACAAGAUGCUGCUGUGUGUACGUUGGAACACAGAACAGUGUGAUGCUGUGGUAUUCAACAUUGCCAUGGCAUCAUACGGGGAUAUCCUGAUGAAAUUGAAGGCCUACUGUGACCUCGGUAACCUUGGUAACUCCAGUGACUACUUCAAAGACCUGGCAGACCUCACUGAAAUGAUCCAGGAUAAAAUGACAGACAGAAUCGGGCUCUUACAGUAUGGGUUUGGUGACACUGUUUACAUGAUGGCAGAGGUUAUGAGGGAGCUGUAUACACCAGUGAUAGAAUGUAAGCCAGCCAUUGCUUUACGUUAUUGUUUCAAUGGGUUAGGAGGUGUUGACCCAAACAGUAACGACUAUUGCAAUGCUCUAAGUAGGGCGGCCGACUGUGUGGACUCGCAAACCUCACAGUGUCUGAUGGUGCAGAAAGCUCCGGUGUUGUAUGCGCUACAUAAAUUUGCUAGUUAUGGCUCACCGUUAUGCAGCGUCAUCCAAGAUCUUCAACAACAGUAUGAGAUGCAUGCGACGGACCCGUAUGGACUUCUUGCCACAUGUCUGGCAAAUUUCACCGGAUUUUUGCAUGAAAAUUAUGUGAACCUGACCUCAGGUUCCACCUAUAACCUGUGUAUGGCAGCAAUGAGGAUGGACACAUGUAUCUACAAUGUUCCUUUGCCCCGUGCCGGCAAAGUGUACCUGUCAAGUCUGGCCUCCCUCUCUCACAAUAUCAUGGACCAAGCCUGUUCAAGCAUGGAUCGCAGUCCCCGGGAAUGUGAUUCAGGGGACCUCCUGUGCGAGUUCAUGGCGUAUAACCCUCCCCCUGCGAUGGACGACUCCUGGAUGUCUGUACCAGAGCCUGCUGAGUGUGACCUUGAGGGUGCGUCCUUCUGCAUCAGUGGUAACCUGUUGCGUAUCAUGUCGACGUCCUUCCUCAACGUCGACGAAUUCACCAGUGUCUGCUGGGAACAACUAACAAUGGCGUCCUGUGUAGCCACAAAAACGCAGGCCUGCUCCCCGGCGAGACGUCAGUUCUUUGCCAGCACUGUGGAAUGGUUCCAUAACAUAACUUCAAUUGGAUGUGAUAUGGUCGCUGACAUAAGGGUACCAAACUGUUCCAUUGCCAAAGAAUGCCUGACUGAUAUGGUCGGCUACAGUGUUAGUGCUGAGGGAUACAUGAACUGGAAUCACAUGUGCUGGAAGCUGGAAAAGACCCAGGAAUGUGUGUACCAACAUGCACCUGCUUGUUCUGCAUCAGAAAUGGCUUUUGUCCACGAAGGAAUCCAGUUAGUCGGCAAUCUCACCAAGAAUAUGUGCCCUCAUUCCUCUGCCUCUCUUUGCAAGUUGAGCAUGAUGGCUCCUAUAAAUCCUGCUGCCACCUGUGCUGAAGAAAAACUACUAGAGUGUGUAUUUAUUUACUACUAUGCAACCAGGGGCCAACAGCUGACAGAAAAUGAAUACUGCCUGUAUCAACAAACUGCCGAAAAUUGUAUAAUGUCUUACUCAAGUGACUGUCCUGCCUACACCCUCAUGGAUAUUGAACAGGCAAUGAGGCCCGGUAUUGUAGGAAGUGGUUUCACCUGCCCCAAGAAUAGCAUAGACUAUGACUCUAUGUGUCCAGUUUAUAAUAACUGCUCCGUGUCGCAAUCAGUCAUGAAGAUCAACAGCAUGUAUGAAAGAACCAUUCAAGACAAGACCGCUGGAAAGAGUAAUGCUGAACUCUGCAGCGCAAUAGCAGUCGACAUGUCCGCUCUGACCGCAGAAGUAACGCAUUGUAACCCAUUGGAGAUUGCCAUGAUAAACAAACCUCUAAACAACAUCGACCUCGCCCUCACUUUUGUACAUGGUGUAGACUGUAACAGUGUUACUCCGUUUACAAGCAGCAUGCAACCAAUCGACCCACUCCAUGUAGAACUUCAAACCUGCUAUAACAUGCUUUAUGACAGUCUCCACCAAUCCAGCUUAAAUGCCACCUAUGGCUUCUACGAUAUCUGCGAGACAGCCAUGGCCUUCAACAGCUGUGUGGCCACAAUGGGCAUGCCUGCAGACCGACCAAGUGAAAUGCUCAUCAACCAUUUAAUGAGUUCUAAUAUGAAGCACAUUCAGAACUUCAUCACAACAAGCUGUUCACCUAUUAAGAUCACAGCCCAAACAGUGAAACUAGUCAAGACACCAGUUGCUGCCACUUGUCAACAGGAAACUGUUUUCCAUUGUAUGGCAUACUUUGCAACCAAGGCAGCCUUUAUGCCUAUACUUGGUGAAGGAGACCAACUUAGUCUUUGCGGGGAGCCAGCCUACAUCCGUGAGAUGUGUAUUUUAAAUGAGAACUUGACCGCAGGCUGUUCAGAUGUGACAAUGAUGCAGAUGCGUACAUUCCAAUACAUGUUUGAACAACUUGUUAUGAGUUCACCCACUUGUUCAUGGAUGGUUACCGAAGACGUGCGAAAGGGUUCAGAUCGACUUUUGGCGGGUGGUGAUAUGAUGAAUGAGGAUGGUGUCAUAGAGGUUCUUCAAGAUCAGAUGAGAUCCUGGCAGGAAGCUGUUCUGGGUUCUGUCAAAGCCAUGCAGGAUGCCUAUAUGGUUGGUGAUAUGAGAAAUGACAAGGAUGAGGAAGAUCGAAAGGCAGACGACAUGGAUGAGGAAGAUCGUGAGAAAGAUGAAAUGGAUAAGGAAGACUGCCGUCCUAGAGGGGCUACUGAGUGUUACCUUACAGCAAUUUCUACUGUUACAGCAGAAGAUUGGGUUGGACCAUCAUUUGAUAACUUCUGUCGUAAGUUAGACGGCAUGUAUGGUUGCAUGAAGAAGGAGAUGGCUGGCUGUAUGGAAUGGCAGCAGGUCAUGGUUAGGAAGCUUUACAGCGAAACACACUUUUACUACAACAGCGUGUGUGCCGACAAGAUGGCCGACAUGGCUGAGGACGGCUGUGAUUGGGCCAAGUCAAUGGUCUUUAAAAUGAUGGCCAAUCACACAAUGAGGAAGAUGGGCGAUAAGUGUCAAGUCCAUGUGGAAGAGCACUGUCGUGAUCAACGCUCGUGUGAUCCCAUGGCCAUCACCAGAUGUUACCGCCCUAUCCAGCUACACGUGGCCGCUAUCAUAGACGACAAACUACCAGCCAAUGUGCAAGUCUGCGAACAACUUGCCGUGGCAGCUAAGUGUGUAGAGAGACUGCAUUGUGACGAGCGCACAAUGUACCGUGUCCACGAGACCAUGGAGCCGGCCCUGUCCAAGCUAACCAAGAUGUGUUACAAGAUGCCAGUACAAACCUGUAUUACCAGUUCCAUGUGGAAGAUGGCUGCCAUCGUCUUGCUGAAUAAGAAAACUUACGAGACUAGUUAUGCAUUGGGUUAUAUGAAGAUGCACAUGUACGACGAUAGAAUGAAUAUGAGCAGAAAUAACACCACUUCCGCAAAUACAACCAAACCUGAUGAUGUAAUGAACGAUGGAAAAUGGUCCGAGGAGGGUAUGGCUAAAGCUCUGAUGACACUCCAACACAUCCUCAGUAGAGACAAUGGGUGUAGUAAAGAUAUGGAGGUUGAUGGAGAUCUGGCCACGGGGUUGAAAUACCUCGUACGAUAUGCCUUCAUGUACGAAAAAAUGGUAGAGACUGACGAAAAUUUCAUGAACAUGAUGACACUAGCUAUGGCCGGAGAACUAAGGAAUGCUGUAGGUGAUUCUGUUGGCGGGGACUUCGGCUCAAACAAUCAAGAGUUGGGCGACCUGAUCAAGAUGGUUAGAGACCGAUUUGACGACAGAGAAAACAUGACGAGGAAUAAUAUGACCAUGCAUGGUAACACGACGAGGAACAACGCGACCGUACCUGGGUACAAUAUGACGGCGCCGAGAAGUAAUACCAGCAUGGAAAUGGACUGGAAGCUGAGAGAUGUUAUUGGCAGGAUAAUCACCCACCUGAUUGUCUAUGGCAACAGUGAUACUUUCAUGCAGGUCGAGACACACAAGGUCGUUAAAGCUAAAAUGAUGAAAGCUAUAGAAAUGGCCAAAAUGCGGGGCAAUGACCUUGAACUUGAAGAAAGAGAUGAAGACGCCUUUGAACGACUGGAUUUGAACUUAGGCAAAGAUCUUGAAAAUGCUGUUGACUGGGAGAUGAUGAAUAUUCUGAAGACGGUGUAUGAUGUUGCAAUGCUAGAGAGUUCCAACCUUACCAUGAACCACACGAUGGAGCUGCUAGAGAUGGCCCAGCACAUCCAUGCCUACAGGAAGCAAGAGCUGUGUAUGUCCAUGGUUGGGGCCUGGCAGUGUACCUCUAGUACCCUAAUGCUGUUGCCGGAGUCUGUUCGUGGCAUGGUCAACCAGACACUCAACUCCCUCUACAGUAUUACUGGACACUUCUGUGAAGAGACCGACGAAAAUUUCAUGAACAUGAUGACACUAGCUAUGGCCGGAGAACUAAGGAAUGCUGUAGGUGAUUCUGUUGGCGGGGACUUCGGCUCAAACAAUCAAGAGUUGGGCGACCUGAUCAAGAUGGUUAGAGACCGAUUUGAUGACAGAGAAAACAUGACGAGGAAUAAUAUGACCAUGCCUAGUAACACGACGAGGAAUAAUAUGACCAUGCAUGGUAACGCGACCGUACCUGGGUACAAUAUGACGGCGCCGAGAAGUAAUACCAGCAUGGAAAUGGACUGGAAGCUGAGAGAUGUUAUUGGCAGGAUAAUCACCCACCUGAUUGUCUAUGGCAACAGUGAUACUUUCAUGCAGGUCGAGACACACAAGGUCGUUAAAGCUAAAAUGAUGAAAGCUAUAGAAAUGGCCAAAAUGCGGGGCAAUGACCUUGAACUUGAAGAAAGAGAUGAAGACGCCUUUGAACGACUGGAUUUGAACUUAGGCAAAGAUCUUGAAAAUGCUGUUGACUGGGAGAUGAUGAAUAUUCUGAAGACGGUAUAUGAUGUUGCAAUGCUAGAGAGUUCCAACCUUACCAUGAACCACACGAUGGAGCUGCUAGAGAUGGCCCAGCACAUCCAUGCCUACAGGAAGCAAGAGCUGUGUAUGUCCAUGGUUGGGGCCUGGCAGUGUACCUCUAGUACCCUAAUGCUGUUGCCGGAGUCUGUUCGUGGCAUGGUCAACCAGACACUCAACUCCCUCUACAGUAUUACUGGACACUUCUGUGAAGAGUUGAAAUGCUAUAGCUGUGACAAUUUCCACGACAACGAGGCCUGUAACAAACAAGCCAUGGUGACAUGUAAACCCGGCCAGGUAUGCUUCACUCAUGUCGACAACGGUGAGAUGAAGAAGGGAUGUGCUGCCCCAACUAUGGGAGACUGGCAGAAAGAUAAGGAGAUGUACAGUACCUGUAUGGGACACGGAUGUAACCAUCCUAAAUUCGGAGCCAGGAAAGAAGCAGAGAAUGAAAUGUGCCAGCCGUUCAAAGCCAUUGGAUGUAUGUAUGAACUACUACCCACCAUGCUACAGGGACAGGAAGUUGACUACAGGGAGGCGUACAAGGCAUUCCACUGUAUGGAGUACUAUACCUCUAGCUGUAUCAUGGAGGAGCACAGAGAGCUCAGUCGUAUGGCUCAGCGGGUCAAGGUCGCAAUGACUGAUGGACAGUGCUCUCAGCCUGACUUCGUACACACUUGUGGCCUUUCGUCCAUCCUUGAACUUGCCGACCUCGUAAAAACUCCAGCAGCUAGCAGGAAAACUAUCUGCACCACGCUGAACCAGACUGUGAGCAACGUUAUGCUUGCCAAUUACUGGAACCAGUGCACAGAAUAUGAGAUGGUUAUGACCUAUAAUGAAUUAAAUAUGAUAAGCUCAGUGAUUGGCCCAGACUUCUGUCCGGGAAUCGAUCCCCGCAACCCACAGAAAUGUGCAGAAGAACGCGCAAAACUCCCACCCAUGUGCAAUUUGGAGGAGGCCAUUGGUAAAUGUCUUUAUGAAGCAGACGUAUUGCACAAGAUGGUAGAAAUUCUCGGAGACCCUGAAGAAUGGAGAGACAUGGACUUCUUGUGCAGGACCGUACCUGGGUACAAUAUGACGGCGCCGAGAAGUAAUACCAGCAUGGAAAUGGACUGGAAGCUGAGAGAUGUUAUUGGCAGGAUAAUCACCCACCUGAUUGUCUAUGGCAACAGUGAUACUUUCAUGCAGGUCGAGACACACAAGGUCGUUAAAGCUAAAAUGAUGAAAGCUAUAGAAAUGGCCAAAAUGCGGGGCAAUGACCUUGAACUUGAAGAAAGAGAUGAAGACGCCUUUGAACGACUGGAUUUGAACUUAGGCAAAGAUCUUGAAAAUGCUGUUGACUGGGAGAUGAUGAAUAUUCUGAAGACGGUGUAUGAUGUUGCAAUGCUAGAGAGUUCCAACCUUACCAUGAACCACACGAUGGAGCUGCUAGAGAUGGCCCAGCACAUCCAUGCCUACAGGAAGCAAGAGCUGUGUAUGUCCAUGGUUGGGGCCUGGCAGUGUACCUCUAGUACCCUAAUGCUGUUGCCGGAGUCUGUUCGUGGCAUGGUCAACCAGACACUCAACUCCCUCUACAGUAUUACUGGACACUUCUGUGAAGAGUUGAAAUGCUAUAGCUGUGACGAUUUCCACGACAACGAGGCCUGUAACAAACAAGCCAUGGUGACAUGUAAACCCGGCCAGGUAUGCUUCACUCAUGUCGACAACGGUGAGAUGAAGAAGGGAUGUGCUGCCCCAACUAUGGGAGACUGGCAGAAAGAUAAGGAGAUGUACAGUACCUGUAUGGGACACGGAUGUAACCAUCCUAAAUUCGGAGCCAGGAAAGAAGCAGAGAAUGAAAUGUGCCAGCCGUUCAAAGCCAUUGGAUGUAUGUAUGAACUACUACCCACCAUGCUACAGGGACAGGAAGUUGACUACAGGGAGGCGUACAAGGCAUUCCACUGUAUGGAGUACUAUACCUCUAGCUGUAUCAUGGAGGAGCACAGAGAGCUCAGUCGUAUGGCUCAGCGGGUCAAGGUCGCAAUGACUGAUGGACAGUGCUCUCAGCCUGACUUCGUACACACUUGUGGCCUUUCGUCCAUCCUUGAACUUGCCGACCUCGUAAAAACUCCAGCAGCUAGCAGGAAAACUAUCUGCACCACGCUGAACCAGACUGUGAGCAACGUUAUGCUUGCCAACUACUGGAACCAGUGCACAGAAUAUGAGAUGGUUAUGACCUAUAAUGAAUUAAAUAUGAUAAGCUCAGUGAUUGGCCCAGACUUCUGUCCGGGAAUCGAUCCCCGCAACCCACAGAAAUGUGCAGAAGAACGCGCAAAACUCCCACCCAUGUGCAAUUUGGAGGAGGCCGUUGGUAAAUGUCUUUAUGAAGCAGACGUAUUGCACAAGAUGGUAGAAAUUCUCGGAGACCCUGAAGAAUGGAGAGACAUGGACUUCUUGUGCAGUCGCCUUGAACAUAUGCUUGGAUGUGUCGGAAACUAUACGUCAAGUUGUGAUGACGCCCAGAUGCAAUAUGUUCACCAGAUCGUUGGGGAACGUAUUGGCAAAGCAAUCCCUCAUUGUCCUUCCCUAAACAUCGAGUUAGCUAUGUGCGAUGCUACGCCUUUGUCAGAAUACAAUUGUAUGAUCUAUGAGGGAAUAGAAACCUGCUUGCAGCCGACAGAAGUUUACAAAAACCCCUACAUCCUAUGCAGUAUGAAUGAGACCAUGUUCGAUGACGUUCUCACAUGUCUGCACGGUUACACUAAGCACUGCACAGCAGUCCAGGCUCUUCCUGUAACAUAUAUUGUUCAGAACUAUAUGGCACAAUCCUUGAUCCUGUGCGGAAACCACAGCAUGGCAACGGAGAUCGCACAGGGCAUUAUCAACCAUGAACAGGGCGUUGCCAUGGAAACUAUGAUGAACAUGAUGAUGGGGAAGGCUUCGGGCAUGAUGCAGGAUAACGAAGAUGCACCCAUCACCUCCCUUGUCAAUGUCAUCCUGUCACUGAAGACCAAGAUAACAAUGACUGGCAACGUGACCGACAUGUUAAUGGCAUUGAUGAAUGAAAUGGGCGAGGACAAGGAGGAGGGCAUGAAAGGUCCUUCAGACAAGAUCAACCUCAUGUCAAUGAUGAAGGUCAGCAUGGGUAUGGCUAUGCACGUUUCGGGAUUAGACACAAAGAGAAUAUACCACACUGACGUAACCCAUGAUGUGGCUCGCUGUGUCUCACAGUACUCAAUGGCUGUCCAGAGGCUGCUUCUCUACCCCGAAGUCUCACACCAACUGGCAUGUGAGAGCAAGGCUGUAUUCCGGAAAUGUUUGAAAAAACUUGAACUUCCUCCAGUCGCUAACAUGUUUGUGAUGGCCCUGGAAAGCAAGGUAGCUAUGGAGUCUGAAAGAGAUUGUAAUUACUAUCUAGAUGAUGUCAUGCUUCUUGGAAGAGAUAUCGCUAAUGUGACGUCCCAUAUGAGGAUGAUCAUAAACGCAACCGGAGCUUACGAGAAUGCUACGGCUGCUGCCAUCGCUCUGAAGCUGAACACUACAAUUUUACAACGUGCCAACCUGACGAAGGAGGAGCGUGACCUCAUCACAACCAUCAUCGGAAUGAUGUCCAAUAUGACAUCUAGGAACAGGUCUAUGGAUGGUCUUGAGGACGCACCAAAGGAAGUCGUGAUGACCUUGAUCAAGGGUGUGGUGUCACAGUUCCGAGAAAUUGUUACUGUGACUUCCGACUGUAACGCUUGGAUGAUUUCGCAGCACAUCACGUUUGCCUAUAUGCAGGUCUUGACAGGGGCCUUUUACCCUUACUCCCAGUAUCCAGGCAUGUGCAGUAACCUUAAAACAGUGUACGAAACUUUGAAACCCGAGGUCCUCAAGUGUCCUGUAAACUACCAGGUCAUGUACGAUCAAGCCCUCACGUUCCUGCACUCCGAGACGAGCGAGAUCUGUGACCUGCCUUACAUAGAUAACACACCACCCACCACAUGUAAUGCCGAACUUGUCAGUCAUUGCAUUGUGGAUCUCAUGCCCUUGCUGUCGACUGCUGGGACUGAACGCAAGAGGCUGUGCAUGGCUGUUGAGCAGGCUUCCCUAUGCAUGGCAUAUGGCCUUCGACAUUGUAACGAUACCCAGUCAUUGGCCCCGUACCUUCAAUUUGAACACAUCAAGUCGAUUGUAGCCGACAGUUGUCCCUACCUCACGGCUUCGAUGCAGUGCUUCAAUAACGACGAUAUCAUUACGGGAAAUACCCAGCUCUGUAAUGUAACGAUGGCUUCGGAGUACUGUGCCAGUUUAGUUACUGGUUCUACAGACCUAGACAAGUGCAAGAAAAUUCCCGAUAUGAUGAACUGUUUGUACCGGUACACGUCAAGCUGCAGUGCUUUAGAAAUGAAUGUAGCGUAUACCCACUUACACAUUGUACUGGAGGAUAUCGUAAACGUCUGUAACAGUGACAGCAUGAUAAGUGCGUACCGCGAGGCGACAAAAUCCGACACGUGUAACCAGGCAGAGCAGUGCACAAUAACUCAAGUGGCUGCCCUGUGUGGCCCUCUUAUCCCUGCCACUAAUUCGUUUUCAUCAUGCAGUUCAUUCAACAAUUUGAACACCUGUUUGACUGGCCUGAUCAAGGGCUGCAACACCUUGCAGUUAACCAUGGUACAUACAGGAUUAAGUUCGAUGCUAUCUAACGCCCAAAUGGCUUGUAUAGAUGUUGUACCUCUCACAUCAAUGAUUCAAUAUGAGAAGGAUGCAGCCAGAUCCGUCAUCGCUUGUGUAAAUAACUACACCCUGGAAAUGACCUCGGCACUGAUGAACACUGACGAUGCCCACCAAGCAAUAUGCACUGCAUUUGCAAAUUUGGGUCAGUGCUUUACGGGAGAUAUGACAGAAGAAGCAGCGGCAGAAGUGUGGCCCUACUAUGGUAUCUCCUCCAAUGUUACAUGGGGGCUUGUCAGAGAGUUGUGUUGGUCUGAUGAACAGGCUGCCAACAUGGCGAGGAGCCAGAUGGGAGCAAUGUUCAACUACACGCCGGACAGAAAAAUGAACGACAUGCAAAAAGAUGGGCCGACUUGUGACAUCCAAAAUGCUGCCAAGAUCUUGAGUUCUUACUCUGUGGUUGUCAUGUUCAGCAGUCUUUUGUCUGCUGAGGACAAGAAGGACUUCUGUGACCCGAAUGGACAGACAUCCAUUUGGAUGCAGAUGGUGCAUGCAUCUGCAGACAAUUGUUCUGAGGCUACCCAAGGGCCGCUGCAUGGCCUCGGCGCUGCUGUACAUGCAUCUAUUGCUUUCUCUGGCGUCUGUGCUGAAGAGUUGAUGGUUUGUGACCCCACCAGUGCCCUGGACUGUGGACUUGACGCUAGUCGAGAGAUCUUGGCCAACAACUCUAUGGACAAACUGGAGGAGAAUUUAUGCAGAAUCUACGACCAAUCAAUGGAAUGUGUGGAGCGGAACACUUACGCCUGUCCACAGGAGGUCAACUGGAAAGUCCAAGAGAAGAUGGAGACCUCAUUCUGUAUAAGCUACGACAUGAUCAAACACUGUCCGUCUGUCCGCAAAGAAAUGGCGAGAGACAGCACCAAAAUCCCGAGCUGUGAUGCAGACAGUUGGAUGGAAGACAUGCGGGAAGAUAUGGAUGUUAAGAACGUCACCACCAGGACAGAGAACGGGACAACAGUUAUUAACAGGAACACAACUAGAGCAAACAACACAGCUGAGAUGAUGGACGACUACAAAGUGUGUAACUUGACUGGUGCCUAUGGAUGUCUUUCCCAUCUCGGUAUGAAGUUGAUGAGUCCCAUGAUGCAAUGCAACAGUAUGCAUAGGCAGUACACUAAAACCAUGCAGUGCGUUGAUAAGAUGACCAGUUGGUGCGAUAGUUCCACCAUGUCGGUGGUCGAGUCGGUGGUGCGGAUGGCUGUAAAGACCGUGUACAAGAUGUGCCCACAGGUUGUCAUGAAGCCAUGCCAGGAAUCAAAGCACUGUCGUCUGGACGAGGCGCAACACUGUGUCGAUGUUUUGGCCCACAUGUCGAGUAUGAAAGAGAUGAAGGAUCAACAUAUCUGCUUGGCACGUGAGAUGACUGAAAUCUGCCUAAAGGAGAAGCUACAGCACUGUUCUGUAUUUGGUAAGUCCGCUAUGAUGGAGGCUGUCAAGCAUGCCACACCAAACCGACAUCUUGUUUGUGGUGGUGAUCUUGAAGUCUGCAUUCAGAAAUUCUUCUUCAACACGAUCGGUCUGAUCAAUGGUGAUGUGAUGUUGGCCCAAGCGACACGUAUCCGAAACACGAUCGCCAGCGAGGUGACAAGCCACUUCAUGGAGAACCCAUACAUGGUCGGAGUGACGGAAAUUAACAGAAGGAUUGAGAUGAAUUUGGCUAAUAUGUCGCGCGCCAUGAGGGAAAUGUUGUCAGGUGGGGCCAACAUGUCGAUGAUGCCCGAUGCUAUGCAGAUGGACAACAUGGGGGAUGCUUACCUCAUGGACGGCGUCGCCUACAUGUGGGGAAUGAUUUCUGGAGGCAUGGAGGAGGACUACCAAACUAACCACGCCAAGGCCAAGGUUAUUCAGUGUGCAGCCGUUCGUGAAGCAUAUGAGUGCAUGGACAGUGAAAUGCACAUGGCUAGCUGGUCAUACUUGUCGUCCGCACAAGGCACCUUUGUGAGACAGAACCUGAUCCAGCUGCACGAAGUCUCCAAAAGCAUGUGCCAUGAAGAUAUGACCUGCACCUUCUUGAAGCAGCCAGAGUCCUGCCAGGUGUUGCCUGCUAUGUGGAUGACAAUGGCUGGUGUUGGACAGGUCUUAACAACCAACAAUGCCGCAUUCUGCAGCAAUCUACCAAGUAUGAUGUCCAACAUAUCCGCCCUGACCUCAAGCUGCACGGAUGACGUCGGUCAACACUUCAAAGCCAUGCUUGGUUUCCAGGAAGAGGCAAAGGAAGCUAUAUGUAAUCUACCCUCCAACUGUAACGUGGACGGUGCUACAGCCUGUCUGCUCAGUCUUAACAAAGACAACUUCUGCGCUGAGUAUGACAACGUUAAGAACUGUAUGACCGGAGCACUGAAGAGCUGUGCUGUCAUGGUUCAGGCUAACCUGACUGCUGAACUGGAGAAUGUACAGAACGCUUAUGGCCAGUCCUGUAUUAAGAUGCCAUCUAUUUAUGUCACAGACCCAACCCGUUUAAUCAGGCUGGAGGAAGGAAGCAUGAAUUCCACAAACAUUUAUGUGACCAUGACUGAGUCACCCUCCUGUGGCAAUAACUGCCACAUCGAAGUUACCGUAUCUCUGUCUGAAGUUGCCAGCUCUGUUGCAAAGUGUGCUGAUGGCGCUGUUGACAUUCCACAAGUGUUGGUGGUCAAGGACGGUGAUACCUCCGGAACCUGUAAUAUGGUCUUUACGGAUGCCGACUACAUGACCCCUCGCGUGGUGCCCCUCUUGGCGACCGCUGACCUCAUUCAGGACGGCACACACUACAUCACUGCUAAACUUACAGCAACCAAGAUUGAUAACGGAGUAGUCGUAAAAGAAACACAGCUUGCAGAAUACCAGAUUGUUGUCGCCAACAACGACCGUUACAGUGUGUGUAUGGCCUUUGGUGAUUCUGUGCGGUCGUUUGACGGACUAAGCCACAAUAACUACUUCCAAGGGUUGUUCUUAGUCUACAAGCACACCACAUUGCCACAAGAGGUGUUUGUGCUGAAGCAAAAGAGCUUGAAUAGGUUCGGAACAGAGUCAUGUGCCGUGGCUGUCAAGUCGGAGGAUGAUGUCUUCAUCAUCGACCGCUGCCGAGCAAGCAAUGGAAAUAUCCGAAACACACAGCAGCUUUAUGUGACUGGCACUUUGCAUCCAUUUACAGAGAUUAACAGCGAGGGCAGCAAAUACACGGUGAGGUUCCCCUCCGGAACCGUGGUGACCAUUGAAGACAUGACACUCUCACUGCAAAUCAUGGUCCAUGCUUCGCCAUUCGACAUGGGUCACACAACAGGUUUGUGUGGUGUGUAUGACGAUAUGACUGACAAUGAUCUGACCCUGCCCAAUGGACGAGCUAUUGCUAUCGCAACAUCAACCACUAGUGUCGAUUUCGCUACCUCUAGAGACUUCGACAGGCAAUGGUCGUCAUCUUCGUCGGAUUUGUUCCUGAAGAGCUCCGACUUCCCAACGAAUACCUUCUGUAGCUGUGGCAGCGUUGCUGGUAGCUCAUCCCCACCGCAAUGUGUCUCUCGUAACACACUCGUGGAGUCUUGUGCUUCACCUUUGGCUGGUACUGACAUCACAAAUGCAUUGAAGGAGGGUGCUGCUGUUAUCGUCACCGGCUGCGACAGGAAGAGGAGACAGGCCGGAACGGGAUUGUUCGAUGAUGUUGAGAUUGACCCAACCUAUGAUGAUUCGGUCACAGAUCCCACAUGGGACCCGACCAGGACCUACUACCUCGACACAGCCACAGCCUUCUGUCAACAACAAGUGAAUGCUAAGCAAAUUAUAGGCCUCUGUCAGCAGAUUCCGGGCUUUUCCAUACCCACUGACACUGUCAUCCAGGAGUGCAUUGACAAAAUCAAGUUGACUGAUUCUGCAAUCGAUGCCACCUUUACGCUAGCUAUGUAUAUCGGGCAAUGCGAGUCUGAGGCCAGACAACUGCUCGGCUCCACGGACGCCGCAUUGGUACAACUUGCCACAAACAUCCUGAACUUUGUUUGUCCAAACGACUGUAGCGGAAGCAAUGGUAUCUGUAGUGCUGGUACUUGCCAGUGUCAACAGAGCUGGCUUGGUGUCGACUGCUCCAUUGACGGGAACCAGCCUCCAACUGUCUCAAGUGUGGAGAACAAUGGACUAUGUCCCCUUGGCAGCACCGACUGUGUUGUGAUCACAGUUCUUGGCGACAACUUCAGUGACCAGAAGACACCUUCAUGCCACUUCCAGGCUCUCACUAUCAAUCAGGCCGGUACCACUCCAACUGGACCUGUGCAAAUCGUGGUCGCUGAGUAUGUUACAAUGUCACAGGUCAACUGUCCAGUACCUGUAGACAUGAUGACGUCCAGUCUCAAAUUUGCCGUACAGGUGGCGGUCAGUAAUGAUGCAGCUAGGUUGAGUCCCUAUUUCACAGUGGUCACCUUCGACAGUGCCUGUUACAGCUGUUCAACGACUGCCUGUACGACCACUACUACUGGCUGUGUGAUAGAGAAUGUUUGCUACGAAGCAUUCUCCAACAAACCUGGUGACCAGUGCCACUACUGUGAUCCUUCUCUAACAAACAUGGGGUGGACAAUGAAAAUCGCUCCACCACUGUGUAAUUUACCUACGACACCAGCCCCCCCUACAACCUCCAGCCAACCAGCUGUGACAACCACCACCACAACGCGAGCAACCACUCCUCGCCCGACAACACCCAAACCAACUACACCAAGACCGACUACACCAAGACCAACUACUACACCAACCACACCAGCUCCUAUGGUGAAGACGACAACAGAGGAGCCGGUCCUUAGCCAAGACGCCCAGUUGAUUGUUGUUGUGUUGGGAGUUGUUGCUGGCCUGUUCGCCGUCCUGUCCUGUAUCUUGGCUGUCAAGUAUUGUCAGCGUCAACCGUCAGAAAUGAAACGCAACUCAUAUAUAGCAGAUGACAAAAGUUAUUCUACAGUAACCAGAUCCAGUAUAGAGGAAGAAAAGCGGGCUUACCCAAACCCAGCUUAUGAUGCAAGGCCGUCCAAUAUAUCAGUGGACCCUAGCACUGAAUACCGGCACGGGGCUGUAGCCCCACGCACUGAUCUACAAGAGGGUUCAGAAGACCCUACUCAACUUAACGAAAAAAAGGCAGACACUUCUGAUCCAGUCUAUCCUACUUUGUACUAAUCAGGACACAUAACCAACACCACUAAGUCAAAAGCAGGAACAUCGGCAUCACUUAUAUAGUACACUGUACUUACAUAGGCAUAAUCAUAACUGUUAAUUAAAGGAUGUUUGCUCUACAAUUUUAUAUACAAAGCUUUAAAUGGUUGGCUUAAAGCUGGAUGGGAGAUAACCCAUUUGUAUCCUGUAUUUUGAUUCUAUGAAAGGAAAAUUUUCGUAACCGCAAAUAUCUUUCAAUGACUGAAUGGGUUAUCUCCCUUGGGUCACCAAAAUAUUAAAUGUUACACAAUAUUUCAUAACGCAAUAUUUUUGUAGUGUUAACUAUUGGCGUGUGUACAGCUACCUGUAGCUCUUGUAUUUGUUUUAUGUAUUUUACUACUACUGCAAUUGCCUUCUUCAUUACUUUAAAUGGAGAGAAAGAAAAAAGAGUACAAACACUUUUGUGUUAUCCGAGGGUGUAACAUUUUUAUUAAAUAGGUAAUGUUUUGUGUUGCUUCUAUUCAUUUUAUUUCUUUAGAGAAUCAUUUUCCUGUAUGUUAAUCAGAAAAUAUUUUUUGUAUGUUCAUUAAUUGGCAGUGGUGAAACUUCUUUUUUAUCAUUUUUUUAGGGAUGCUAAUUUUUAUCAAUUAACAAUUUUUUCCUCAGAGGAUUUCAUCUUUUUCAUUCCUUUUUUAGUUCUCACUGAGUAGUUCAGAUGUAAUCAAAAAGCUAGUAAAAUGAGGCGAAGCAAACUCAUCCAUUUUGACUUAAAGUUCCCUAUAGAGACAAGCUUGUACAAAGAACUUAAGCUGUAAAAUAAAGCCUUUUUUUUACAUUCAAAGUUUAAUCAAGUUUUUUUUUUUAAAUGUAAUUUUUAAACUGCAAUCAGAUUAGUCUGGUAAUGGGGUGGUUUAUUUACUAACAGCAUGGCUUUGUAUUAACACCGCAUGUUAAGUGUAUUUACUGUACAAGUGUAACACCACCAAACUUGUGAUAACAUUGUGCACUCUCUUGUACAAGACUUAAUGAAAAUAAAUACAAAUUCUGUGAUAUGUCUUGCUUUGAUUAUGUAUUGAAAUUACAAGAUUGCUUUAAUAUUUCAAUAUUUUUUCAUGCGUUUUAAUUCAAUGAUUAUCAAAGACUUUUUAUGUUUAUUUUUCCAGCAUUAUAACAUUUUGUACAAAUGUUUUGUUUUU